AGCGACUGACAUGAGGAAGGCAGUAAGAAGAAGAAGAUACAGAUAAUGCAAAUAUCCAUUUGUCUAAAAGGAGAAUAAACUUCAAGAAGAGGAAGCAGGAACCAAGGAAGAGGAAGCAGAAACUGUGGGGAGCUGAAGAAAAUGAAGCUGGUUCUGUUUUUUAUGCUAAGUUUACUCUGUUGUCUAGCAUCUGUUAUUGUAAAGCAGGAGGGUCAGACUGCUACAUUUCAUGCUAAAACUACUGUACAUGUAUUUUCCUACCGUUGGAACUUUACACAAAACAAUGAAACUGAAGAAGUUAUUCGUGUGGAAGAAGGAAUAAUUAAAUUCAAAGGAACCAGAUUUAAAAACCGGCUUCAAACUAAUGUAAAAACUGCAUCAAUCACGAUUUCAAACCUCAUUCUUAAUGACAAUGGAACAUUUACGGGGUGUAUUACAACAGACAAGGGACAGAUCUAUCCUAAUGUCAGCCUGUUUGUGACAGGAAAUGACCUUUUAACUUAUAAUUGUCAGCUGGGACACAAUGUAACUCUGAAGUCUGGACUGCAAACAACUGAGAUGGGCCAUUCUGCCAACUGGACGAACGGUUCAGAUUUUAAUGGAAAAGAGUUUGCCAGUUUUCAGAACUCUGUUAUUAGAUAUGGAGAUGGCUUCAACAAUUUCUUUCUCAAUAAAACCAACUUGGAUCUGACCAUUAUUCAAGUAACUAACAACCAACGUGGAUUUUACUGCUCCGAAUUAAAAAUGAAUAAUUAUCUACAUAUUGGACGAAAACAUCAGGUCAUAGUUUAUGAUCCUGUCUCUACGCCCAACAUCACCAACGUGGCUCAACCAGCCCGCAGGUUUUGUGCUGCAAAGUGUUCUGUGAAGAAUGGACCUGACUUAAACCUGACCUGGUACUAUGGAGACAUCAUUAUCAGCAACAUCAGCAACCCAAAUAUCUCCAUCCUCACUUUGCAGAUAGAGAUCCAGAGGGAGGAUAUUUCAAACUACAGCUGUCGGGCACAAAACUCUGUUAGUUUGGAGAUGACACCUCUAAGCUUAGUAUGGCAUCCAUGUCAUUCCUCAACUACUUCUGCAGCACUAACAAAAACCAGAAACCAUGAGCUUCAGAACCUAGCCUCAUGUCAGGAUCCUGAUGAACAUCUAGAGAACUUGGAAGGAAGGAAUUAUGGGUCAGCAAAUCCAACUAAUCAGACUUAGUUUCAUAAUAUCCUCUUUCAUUCCAUCAUGAGGCCUUCAAAAUAGUUUUGAAGCUGCAUUAAAAGUGCUAAAUAUUUCUGAUCUCCUUCUUUACUGUUUUUGCCAACUCUCAUUGCUAAGUACACAUUGAUGGCUUUGGUUAUGGAAGUUUUAAUAUAGUUAUUGUGUAAGGAAAUGUUGAGUUUGGAUAGACUCAUAUGUAGACAGGCAGAUGAAGACAGAAAGUUUAGUUGAAGUAUUUAAUAAAGUACAAGAAAAUGUACAAACUAAAGGUCUCAAACCUGACAUGGAAUUGCAUGGAAGGACGGCAAUUUAAGUGAUAAGAUGGGCAUGAGCUAAACAAAGGCUGAACAGAUGAACUGACUUGAACAGAACGGGAGGUUGCUACUGCUGCUGUUGGUGAGACGUAUCGUGUUCACUUCCUGUUUGGCCUGUUGAACAGUGUUGUUGCUGUUCAGUCUAUCUCCGUCUGAAUUAAGUUCUUUUGUUCUUUUUAACUUUUCGAAAUUGUGGCAGAGCUUUACGCUCCUCGGGUCAGCUUCUGUUAGAGGUCCCUAGUUCAAGACUCAAACAGUGGGGCGAUCGUUCUUUUGCCGUCGCUGCUCCCAGACUGUGGAACAAACUACCCCCUGACAUCCGCACCACUACUGACCUCAGCCUUUUUAAAAAAAAAAAAAAAGCUUAAAACCCACCUUUUUAAAUUAGCAUUUAAUUCU